GUCCCUGGUCCCUCCUCUUCUCACCACCUCCCCCCCCCCAAAGGGCCCAAUUCACCACCUCUUUCUCUCCUUUUCUUGCCUGGCUCUUGCUCUUGAUCCUGAAUCUCUUCUUUCAGGCUCAUCCUCCCCUUCGUUCCCUCAUGUUCACGUUCGUGUCCUUGGAUCGCCCCUCAACCCUCCCAUGACCCGACCACGAGCCUGAGCCUCAGCUUCUUCUCUUCGUCCCUCUUCGCAAUCCUUCUGCCUCCUCUUUAAUUCGCUGGCACUUUAUCCACGUCGAGCAGCUCCACGCCGGCUUGCCUGACUUUGUGUUCGAGAUCACGCUCGUUAUUCAGCAUAUAUUGGUUGUAGUCUUUUUGUCGUGUGCUCUCCGGACCUAGACAACCCCCCUCCCGCGCGAAAAGCCCCCGUCGAGCGAGCCCUCCCCGUUCGUCGCAUAUCCUAUUCUGGCUUCCGCUCCUCCAGACUCGCCACGACUCCCAGUCGCGCCCGUCCUUCCAGUCCCGGUCGCCUGUCUUUGUUCGAAAUCACGGGUAGAGAGACUCGCUGUCGUCCAAUUGUCGUCAUCUCCCGACAUUAUACUCUACCACUCGGUUCUUGACUCGCUGGAUUUUGGGCCGCCCGUCCUUUGACCGCCUUCGCGCCUCGAACUCUUUUCUUGGAUCCUCCUGCCUCGAGUCCUGUUCCCCACCGUCACACUUCGGCCUGAACAGCUCCAACAACCUCAAUUGCAUAUACGGCAUACAAUUGUAUUCUUCGACUUCCUGGGUGCGGCUACGUCUCUUCGAACCCGGCUUGUCCUGUGAAUUCUGAACAGCUUCAAGCUUUUUCACACCUGUGUCAACGCCGGUUGUGGAAUUUUGAGAUACCCCUUUGUACUUCAACGGAGCGUCCGCGCACCCUCAUUAGCAUCUCGACCAGUGCCUUCUCGCAGGGGCACUUUUAUCCUUCAAAACGGCUGUUCUAUCUCAAGUCGGUCGGGACAACCUUGUCCCACCUCAUCUCCUCGGGAUGCAGGACCAUAACCCCGGUCCCAUCGGCCAGGCCGGUCCAAGUGGUGGCCAGGGACGCUUCCCUGGUCACAUUUCGAAGCCUUCGAACAGUGAUACUGGGUUCUCUCACGGCGCUUUCACUUCUAACAUAUCUGGAUUCGCCGACAGACACCCCCGACGCGGCAACAUCCCUACGAUCAACACGCAGAGCAUCAACUCACAGAAUGUCCACCAGCAGCCCCAGCCCAACGUGGCUGACCUGACCACCCCCGGCACCGCCUUUGAUAUGCAGUUCACGCCUCUCCUGCCCUCCCAGCUGCUGCUCGGAAGUCCUUUCCAGCCUGGCACGCCGGCCGCUUUCGCCAAUGGCCAGUUCCAGAACCUGAAUGCCUACCAGCAGGCUCAGCAGGUCCAGCAGAACGGCAUGUCGAGUCCCGUACAGCAGCCAAUGUCUCCUGGGGGCUAUGUCUCCCCCUCGACCUAUGGGGCUCCUCAGUUCUUUUCUCCCCAGUCCCCUACUGCAGGGUACAGCACCAUGGGCGGCCAGAUGCAGAUGCCGAUGAACCCUGGCUCUCCCACCAUGAGCCCAGUGGUCAGCGGGACCAGCCGUACGGUCUACCUCGGGAACAUCCCCCAGGACACUCCGGCCGAUGAGAUCCUGAGCCACGUGCGCAGUGGCCAGAUCGAGUCGGUCCGCCUGCUUCCUGACAAGAACUGUGCCUUUAUCUCCUUCCUGGACGCCAGCUCCGCAACCCACUUCCACUCUGAUGCCAUCUUGAAAAAGCUCUGCAUCAAGGGUCAGGACAUCAAGGUCGGCUGGGGCAAGCCGUCUCAGGUCCCCACGUCUGUUGCACUUGCAGUGCAGCAGUCUGGUGCUUCUCGGAAUGUGUACCUCGGCAACCUGCCUGAGGAGAUCACCGAGGAGGAGCUUCGUGAGGAUCUUGGCAAGUUUGGUGCCAUCGAUACUGUCAAGAUAGUCCGUGAGAAGAACAUCGCGUUCAUCCACUUCUUGUCUAUUGCCAACGCCAUCAAGGCCGUUUCUCAACUCCCACAGGAGGCAAAGUGGCAGGCACCGCGACGAGUUUACUACGGAAAGGACCGUUGCGCUUAUGUCUCCAAGACGCAACAGCAGAACGCCGCGCAGUACCUUGGCAUUGCCCCCGGGUAUGCUCACAUGCUGACCGGUGCUGACCGUGACUUGAUAUCCAGUGCCCUGGCCCAGCAGUCUGUGGCUGCUGCUGCUGUUGCCACUACCGCUGGCGGCAUCAACAACCUCGGAAACAGGACCAUCUACCUCGGCAACAUCCACCCCGAGACCACCAUCGAGGAGAUCUGCAACGUCGUGCGAGGUGGCCUGUUGCACCACAUUCGGUAUAUCCCGGACAAGCACAUCUGCUUUGUCACCUUCAUCGAUCCCACCGCGGCCGCUUCUUUCUACGCUCUGAGCAACAUUCAGGGCCUCAUGAUACACAACCGCCGGCUGAAGAUUGGCUGGGGCAAGCACUCUGGCGCUCUGCCCCCUGCGAUUGCCCUGGCUGUUAGCGGCGGCGCGUCGCGGAACGUGUACAUUGGUAACCUGGACGAGAGCUGGACCGAGGAGAGGCUGAGACAGGACUUCUCUGAGUACGGCGAGAUCGAGCUGGUCAAUGCUCUGCGGGAGAAGAGUUGCGCAUUUGUGAACUUCACCAACAUCGCCAAUGCUAUCAAGGCCAUCGAGGCUGUGCGAAGCAAGGACGAGUACAGGAAGUUCAAGGUCAACUUCGGCAAGGAUCGAUGCGGCAACCCGCCACGACAGCUCCAGCAGCAGCAGCAGCAGGCUCAGUCUCCUCGUAACGAGGUUCCCUCGCCACAGGGCCAGGGUGCACAGGGUGGAUCCCCGACCAAUGGUCAGCCGGGCUUGUUCACGCAGAGCAACCCCCUCACCAUCUACUUGAACCAGGUCUCUCAGCAGGCCCAGCACCAGCACCAACAGCAGAACCAGGCCCUUGCUGCCCAGCAGGCUGUCCUCUUCGGUACCGCUUCAUCUUCGCCAAAUGAGCUGUCGCUGCAGAUCCCUGAAGGUCCGGUUUCUGGUCACGGUCAGUCCGCAAGCAUCUCGAACGGUUACGCGAACCAGAACUCGGGCUCUGGGCCGACAACUAUUGGUGGUCUGCUCGCUCCCAACACACGCGGCCAGCACAGCCGCGCGGUCAGUCUGCCUGUCCUGGCCCCAGGCUUCGAGAACGGCAACAACAGCCCCCACGGUUACCACAGCGGUGCCGGUGCCGGCUCUGGUGCUGGCGGCGACGACGGCGCCCGACGCGGCCACCAAUACCAAUCCAGCUUUGGUGGCUACGGCCUCGCCAUUCAAGGUGGCCUGAAUGGCUGGGUUGAGGAAGAGGUGGCAAACUAAAAAAGAAUACGGCUUGAAAGGAUCGGAUAUUCAUUUUUAAUGUUCGGCUCAUUAUGGACUUCAAGUAAAACUUGUCCGUUAUCGAAAGGGUUUCCAAACUGCUAUCUCUUAUAAUCACCAGAUUCCUGUGUACGAUCUUGCUGGCGGUGGCUUCUUCCGCAUCGUUGCACUUUUCUUUUUCCUUCUAUGUGCACGAGGACAAGACAUUGGUGGGCAUAAUAGGGUCCGUGGCUUCUGCCAGUCGCCAGAUUGAAAGUUGAAUGUUUUUUGUCCUGGGGGCAGCUGGAGUGGAUUGAUGUAUGAGAUACUGGGGAGGUUGUGUGUUAGCAUGGUGAUUUGAGAUGACGAGCAGACGAGACGAGAGAACAUUGGAGAUAAUGACCGAAAGCGGGGGCAGCAGCCAGAAGCAUGGUGACCCGAUGGGGCGGCCAGCACGCAAUAUGUAUUCAGGUACAUUGCGGCCGUACGGAUUGAGACGAAAGGCACGCACGCAGCACGCACUUUUACGUACGGCACUUGCAUUAUGUUCGCUCUGUACGGGCAAGGAAUGAGCCUGUACGUAUAAGGAUAGGAGUCAACGGAAUGCAUGGGAUGGGAAUGAAAUUGGCAUCAAAUCA